CCGGAGCUCCUUUUAUCCUUUUCGCCGGCGACUCGACUCGACUCGACUCCAUCCCUCCUAGCCCCCAUCGUGAGUGAGUGAGACAACGCGCGAUUCCCUCUGAUUCCAAUCUCCCAGCUUUCUUCCUCCGUUGGCAUGGCCGCCUCUGCCUCUGGCUCUGCUCGGGCUCGGGAUGAGGAGGUGGAGUUGGAGUGCGAGUGCGGCGACAUCUCCGCCUCGCAGGAGGACCUCCUCGCCCGCUCCUCCUUUCUCGGCGGCGGCGGCGGCGAAGAGGAGGAGCCCGAGGUGUUGAGCACCCCUCUUACACAGGGGCGCCAAGAACAGAAGAAGCAACAGGGGGGCCAAGGUGGGGAGGAAGACGAAGAUGCCAUCACCAUGUGCACCCUCCCCUUCACCCAGUCCCCUUCCCCAACCUCUUCGGAGUCGAAGAUGAAGACGAAGCAGCCGCGGAAGCCUAGGGUUUGCACGAGGAAGGUGAGAGGCGCCCGGAUCAGGAGGACCCCGAGCCUCAGCCCCGACCGCCGCAACAGCAGCAGCGUUGUUGACCCUCUCUGCAGUGCCGUGCUCAUGAUCCCCACCACUCCUGCUGCUGCUCCCACCGGCGACCUCCUCGCGCUUGCUCGCCAGCGCGGCUUCUUCUUCUAACUUGACGGUAACGGCAAGGAAGCAGCCUCAGCCUGCCUGUUAUGCCAAUCCGAUCUACAAUAUAUGCUUGGAGUGCUUGCUGUAUAUGUUUUGUUUCGCACAAGACAAGUAACUAGAACUCAUGAGCCAGCCUUGUCAUGUUGUUCACUUGGUGUUUGGAUUUUCGUGUAAUCAAAUCAUACUGCUAGAUAGAUAGAUAUAUAGAUAGGUAACACUAGUUACCGUCAAGUUAGAAUUACAAUUACAAUUACAAU